AGACAUCAAAGAUGCUGCUCAGAAACAAGAAAUGCUGUCAAGCUGUAUUUGUCUCCUUCCCUGCAUGCUAUUGGUUUUAAUACACCUUUCCAUACCACUGGUAAGGAAGGCGGUCCUAGUGCAGGAGGGCCCACAAAGCCUGAUGCUGUGAAAACAGGAUUUUCAUGGUAGAUAGAUGGCUUGCACCUGUCUUUAGCCUUCUGCUGCUGAACAGAACAACUGUCACUCCUUUUCUUGUAGUUUUUUUUAUAUGAUCAAUGGCAGGACUGUGAAAUUCAACGUAAGAGGGCUGUCAGAACAAAUGCAUGGCUGGAGGAUGUUCAGAGGAAGCAACAAAGCUUCAGACUUGAUUAUCACCCCAGCUACAACUCUCAAGGAAAAACCAGACCCCACUGGUUUGGUAUUUGGAACUGUGUUCACUGAUAAUAUGCUGACCAUUGAAUGGUCCUCAGCUUCAGGAUGGGAGAAGCCUUGUAUCAGACCGCUUCAGAACCUCUCCUUGCAUCCAGCCUGUUCAUCUCUGCAUUAUGCUACUGAAUUGUUUGAAGGAAUGAAGGCCUACCGUGGAGUGGAUGGCAAAAUCCGCCUGUUCCGGCCAAGCCUCAACAUGGACAGGAUGGCACGAUCAGCAAGACGAAUGACUCUACCAUGUUUUGACCAGAAUGAGCUGUUAGAGUGCAUCCGGAAACUUGUGGAAGUGGAAAAGGAGUGGGUCCCCUACUCAACUGCUGCCAGCCUGUAUAUCCGUCCUACCUUAAUUGGAACUGAGCCUUCCCUUGGAGUGAAGAAGCCAACUAAAGCCCUACUGUAUGUCAUACUGAGCCCUGUGGGUGCUUACUUUUCAAGUGAAUGCUUUAAUCCAAUAUCAUUAUGGGCAGAUCCAAAAUAUGUAAGAGCCUGGAAAGGAGGAACAGGAGACUGCAAACUGGGAGGGAAUUAUGGUUCUUCUAUUUGUGCUCAGCAAGAAGCCCUGGAGCUAGGCUGCCAGCAGGUUCUGUGGCUAUACGGAGAAGAUCACCAAAUAACUGAAGUUGGAACAAUGAAUCUAUUUCUCUACUGGAUAAAUGAAGAUGGAGAAAAUGAACUGGCAACUCCACCUUUAGAUGGCAUCAUCCUUCCAGGAGUGACAAGACAAAGCAUUUUGGAUUUGGCACGCAACUGGGGAGAAUUUAAAGUGUCUGAGCGCUACAUCACCAUGAGUGACCUGACAGCUGCCUUGGAAGAGAACAGAGUGAAGGAGAUGUUUGGGGCUGGAACAGCUUGUAUUGUAUGUCCAAUCUCCAAAAUUUUGUAUAAGGGCAAGCAUUUGCACAUUCCAACUAUGGAAAAUGGACCUCAGUUAACCACCCAAAUCCUGAAUAAGCUGACUGAUAUCCAGUAUGGAAGAGAAGACAGCGAUUGGACAGUGCUGGUGUCGUGAAGGUGGAAGAGUUCAGACCCUCCAGACAGAAUAAACACAAAUAAUGAUAACUUCUGUAGCUGCCCGUGCGUAGCCUAGUUUCUGCAUCAGUUUGCUUCCCGGGAUGAUUGUUUCCACAAUCCAGUGAAUGUGAACACAAUCAUUUUGUUUUCUACUGUAAUCCUGUUAGUAGAAGCCUGUCUUCUUGGUAGAGGUGCUAAAUGUUAGCAAUAGAACUUUCCUGAUGGUUUUCUUAGUGCCUCCUUGUGUCUUAUGUACAGUCUAAAAACUUGUAAAAUGCUCUUCAACUGCUCUUCAGUUUGUUUGGUUUAUUUUAACUGCCAUCGCCAGCAGAGCAAGUUGUAUAAAGCAGAGAAAUUGCCUGUUAGUUGUCCACAGGGUUCUAUUGCCAUUAUUCUGCCUUUUGCUCUGUGUUCAAAAAACAAUUAAGUUUAACCAUAUUCUGUGUCCUUUUGUAGCCUGCUUGUAUGAAAAUUCCUGAAUUUUCGUAGCCUCACAGAUUUCCUUCACCCAUAUUCUGUCAUAUAACGACCCGUCUUUUAGCCCAGAUGCUUAGCAUGGAUCUAGCAUGCAACAUGCUACUUGUUGGCCUGCUACUUUUACCUCUAUGGAGAUGAGCAGAGACUGGUAGGGCAGGACAUACCUCACUAGCAGUUGAAUACAUCCUUCAGUACAUGAUGUCCAGGGCUGAGCCAGACCGUGCUGACACCAGAAUUGCCCUUUGUCUGGCAUAGCAGAGAUCUGGGAGCUGCUGAUGUAGUGUCGCCUUCUGGGUGAAUGCGUUGAAAAUACAAUUAAACAACUGUGGUUGUAGAAGUUGAACCACUCUUCAUUUGGUUGAAGCGAGAGCAACCAAGCCUUUGGAUUGAGGAUCAGUUAAAUGGAUUUUCCUUCAACACCCAGCCAACAUGAUUUAGAUCAGCAAAAAGUUUUCUUGUUCCCUUCACCAAUCACAGGGCCUUUCUGUUUAAGGAACAAGUUUUGUUGUCAGCAGAAAAUAUCUAGCUCAAGAAGAAAAGGGAUUUCAUUCAAACUCUGUUUUUCAUUUUGAUUAAGUAUAAAGUUAUUCAUAUUCUGCUGCUAUUUGGGCUACAUGCUCUAUAUUCUGUAGUGAGGGAAUUAACUUCUGCAAAGGUUCAUUAAGAAAUAUCCUGUUAUAUUUAUUUGCUUUCUCUUUUUGCACACGGAUUUGUCGAAUAGCUUUAGGAUAUCUCUAGCCAAAAAGAUCACUAUAUUCUGUAUCAAUAUUCCAAAGUGCUACUUCAAUGUAAAACUGGUGGAACUUCACUGACACUAACAGAGUUCUAUGAGAAGUGAAGGUAAAACAUUUAUUUACGUACUUUGCAGUAGGGUUGCACCAGUAUUAAGGGAAAUUCUUAGCACUUUUUUUUUAAAGAAGAUUCAACAGUAUCUCUCAUGCUUUAUAGGUUCUUUGUAAUUACUGGCAUUUGUUAACAUAAUUUAAGAAGGCAAAACAUAAUUUCUAAUAGACCACCCAUGCCUUAUACAGCUGUUGUAGGGUCAUAAUGUAUGGCUUUUAUGUUGAGGUUUUUUGGGGGAGAGUUAAAGACAACCCAUACUUAGCCAUCAGUUACUUUGCUUCCUCAAAUCAUGACUUUUGCUGUUUUUCACUGUGACCCAAUCUGAUUUUUUUUAAUGAAGAGCAGUUGGAGGUUCUCUCUGGUAAUGUAACUACUGUUAAAUUGUUGAACAGUUUAAUCUUUAGAAUACAACUGCAAGCACAAAAUUUUGUUUCACAGUAGAAAUAGUACUGUGUUCACUUUUCUGACCAUCUGAAUCAGUAUAGUGUGCUGGUCUUUGUUCAGUAUCUUAAUAUGUGCUAUAAGCUGCUAGUAGUCUUCCAUUUUUCUUUAAGAAGAUGGGUGGAAAAAUUUACAUGGGGAAUCUGUCAAGGUACACAGUGGGGUAGGGAGUUUCAUCCAGUGAGGCAAGUAUCGUAACUAAAGAGUGCCUUUAAGUAAAGCAUGGCAUGGAGCUUUCUGUUACUGAAAUAUACAAUCCAAACCCUUACAUUCAUCUUGAAUUCAGCAGCUUAAGGAAAAGCUGUAAUAAUCUAACUUCAGAUGCAUGGAAAAGUGGAUGUAUGAUAACUUCACAUCACAAAAUCUUGAUAGAGUUGAGGGGUAUCUCAUAUCAAAAAUCCCCAUGAAGGCAUGAGUGUACCAAGGUUAAUCUAUUCACUAGUCAGAAUGAGCAAGGACCAGUUUGAAGAAUUAUUUUACUGUGGUGUAGAACUUCAAAGUUAUUUAAAGCUCUUCUUAAAUUGGAUGCAAAUAAUUUAAUGUGAGGAAACAAAAUAGUUUCAUUUAUUUGGUUUGCACUGCUGCCUGUACUGACCAGGGAGACAUCUCUCCUUUUGUUGCACAUACUGAACUGUUGGAGACUUCAGAAUUAUAAAGUUGAAACUGGAAUGACCCACAAGAAUGCACAGGCCUUUCUAGCUGCAAGAAUAAAAGCAUAGUGUAUGUAUAGUCAACUGUUCUUAACAUUUGGUUACUUGCUUUAUUCUGGCUGUGUCAGCUUAGCAUUGUUUCUAAAUCCAAGUGCAUAGAUUCUAGAUUUUAAACUUUAAAGCCGGAAUAAAGGGAGAUGUCAGGUCAGCAUCAUACAGGAAAUUCUUCUGAUCUUGCAUGCUGUCCCAUCCCACGUUCUGCCACUUUUUUUUAUCCUGUUAACCAAAGGAAAGAAAUAAUAUGUGUAAAUAAUUGUGUUUGGUAUUAUGUUCUUCCUAUUUUUUCCCUGUAAAAUUUAGGAGGGAUCUGUGGUAUUCCCUGAGCUAGUAAUAGAUUGUAAAAGAACAUCUGCACAUCUCUUUUCCAUGUGCCCUAUUUGUUUAAUUGCAACGAAUUUACAUAGAAAGUGAAUGGUACAUCAUAACUAGGCAAUUAUCCAUUCUUGCUCAGUUAGUUUUGGUUCUGUUAAUUGACCGUUUAAGACUCAAGAUAGUCUAACAUUAGAAUUUGAGACUGUUGAAAGAAGAUCAACAAAUUCAUAUUGUUGUCUGAUAUUUGCAUAAUUGGUUGCAAUUAUUUAAUGUCUAACUGGAUUGAUCAAUUGAGACUCAGCCUUUUCACAUUUGUGCUUUACAAAUGCUUAUCCUUUAAAAUGAUAACGAUGAGCUCUAAUUUUCAUUUUUCUUUCCCCCUUCAUUGUUUUGAUUAUUAUUUUCAGUAUUGAGAGUGUCCUUAAUUUUCAGUUUGGUGAGUAUGAUUUAUGCUUGGGAAAGCAGUCCUUCAAAUGAGAGAACAUUUCAUAAAAUUGGCAUUUCAUACGGGCUGUUCUGAUGCCAAGAGUUAUGGUAUCAGCAAUGGGUGUUACUUAGCUAGAUUCUUAACUGCAGCGAGGGCAAAUUCACUGAAGAUUUACAGUGAUGGAGUCUGGUGAGAACGCUAAUAAAGGUCCCUGCUUCGAAUAGAUAAUCUGUUCAGCCCAUAGUGGUGCAAAGCAAACAUGACUUUUCUGGCAUAUAGAAUGGAAAUCUGACAAAAGCCAAGACGGUGAGAGAUCUCUCUACCCAGCCAGUUUACACCUGUCCAACUAUCUCAAUCCAAAAAGAAGUUGCCCUCCACUGUUCUUCCUUAGACAAACUCUUGUCUACGGUGUGCCUAAUUCAAUAGGAAGAUAUAAAUUGAUCUGUCCUGUAUACUUACUUUAUACUUAUUUUUCCACAGGCAUAAACAGUGGUAAUUUGGAAAAAAAUAGAUAUUUGGAAGGGUGAUUUGGAAUGUGAGUUCUUUGAAAUAUCUGUGUAAUACAUAGAUUUCCAAGGAGAGAGAGAAACAGCUGGGAGUGAUCCCAUAGCAGCCUGUUUAAAGGAGAAACUCUUGAAUUCAGUGUCCUCUCCAAAACAAUCUACAGAAUCUCAGCAGAUAGCGUACUGUGAACUGUCUCUUCAUAGUGCCUGGCUGCAAAGCAGAUCACAAAGAUGGUAUCCCAGUCUGUUGGAUAAUGGCUACGUCAGACUUUUCUCUCUGCAUGGGAAUCACCCUACUAAUAGUUGAAUGUCUUAGUGGCAGGUUUGUAUACUGAGAGGUGGGCAGGUGCAAACAUUGGCUGAGUACACACUGAGGUCAACCAUUUACUAAAAUAAAAAGUGUCGUAUUUAUCUUGCAGGUGUGAUCAGGGAUCUGAGUUGCACUUCUUAGACAUGUAAUGGCUGAACAGACUGACACUGACUUUGUGACCCUGGGCAGGUGUUCCUACUUCUUUGUAAGUGCAAAGUAGUAGUAAUACCAGUCAUAUUGCUUUUAACUCUAAUCCAAAGUUAUUUUAUUACAGAAGAAAUAAGCUUCCCAGAAAGCUUUCUAAGCAGCCGAGAAUGAUGCCAACUACAGUACAGUGCUUCUAAUGUAGAAUCAUUAAACUGCAAUUGCAUUGAGAUGGGCUUCUUUAAUUAUCUCAGCUACAAAUUUUCUGAAUUGCAUUCUUUAGCAAUGGGGAGAUGUCAAGCCUCUGUUUUACUGUGUUUUAUCACUACCCUCAAAAUUUGGAGAAAUAAUUUUGGAGCUAAGUCACUUCUUAAUAAAUAUAUCAAUAGUUGUAGUCAUAAUAGCAAAAUAGAUUACUGAUAUUGCAUUGGUGGAAAACCAUGUUGCUGCUGUCAUUCUCCUUAUGCCUUUCAGCCUAAUAGUUAUUUGGAGCUAUUUUCUCUUAAUCAUGCAAAAUCUGAGUGCUGUCUAUGGCAAAAUUGGCAAAUAUGUCUAACUCCAUUAACAAAACUUCUGCAUUACUUUGAGCUUGAACGGUAAAGUAUAUUAGGACCCAGCAGGUGUACAACAGUACUGAAUUAGAAUAGUCAAGCCUUAGACAUAAAACAAAAUUGGUAGCUGAGAUGGAAAUAAAUAUCUUUGACCACACUAGCAAGGUUUACCACACCCAACAUUUCUAAAAAUAGUGGUGUUUAAAGUUACUAGUAGAAACAGAUUGGCUAAAUCUUUGUGCCUGUCUUUGAACACGAAUUUACACUGUUUUUGCUUAUCAUGAAACUUAAUUUAUUGUGUCUUAUUUUUAGCACAAUCCUGAAUUCUCAUGCCAUGCUUUAAAAAAAUAUAAAAAAAGAAAGCAUUUUACAUGAACAGGAGGAUAUUAAGGAGAAUAUAAGACCUUUGUAAGGAAUUCUGAAACUCUUUAAAAUAUCUUCUGGAUAAAGUUAAGGUAGGAGAAGACGACUUUAUAGAAAUAAGGAACUGUAGCAUACCAAAUGAUUUUCCAGUGCUUUGGAGUCCCUCACAUGAUGUUUCAUCCUCUUUUCCAGGAUCAUUUUUGUUAUUGACCAAAGAGGCGCACAGGGAAAAGUAGAUAAAAUAAGCUUAGUGCUUUUUUUUUUCUCCAAAGCACGAGUUGGGAAAGCUUCUAAGAGCUGGUUCUCUUGAUAUUGCUAACUCUUCAGGACUUGAUUUUCUCAUGCUUGUAGCAGUCAUUUUAGGUGUGAGAUGGAAGAGCUCAGAAGUUGUCUCGGGCAGUACUGUCAUGAGGGAGCAGAUCUGUUUUGACUUUAUGAUCACAGUGAUCAAGAUAUGAACAUGUCAUCUUUUCGAUUUUGCAUCUUUUUAAUUAAAAAUUGCUUUUCAUUUUAGAGCUGUGAUACAGUGUCACUGAACUAUUAUCUUACACUAUGAUGUCUCGAGAGGUUACAAGAAGAAUGCAAGUGUUCCUUUUCCUUAUGUAUAAUCACCUUCCUUUAUGCCAAAUCCCUUCUUCAUUAUGAUUUGAUCUCUGCUAGAAUUGUGAUCUUUUCAGGCGAAAUACCAGAUUUGUGUUGUUUGUUGUUUUUUUUUUUUCUCUACUAUCCAGUUCUAGUGCCUGAUGGGUUAUUUUGAUAAGUUCAAAGUACUGGCAGCAAAUACCAGAGCAAAAAGUGAAGUGAAGGUCUUCUGCCUCCAGAAUAGAUGUGCUAGGAAGUAGUAAAAUUACUUAUCUCCUUACUUCAUUCAAAAUGGGAGUUCAGAAGAAUAUAAUUACUGUUCUCAUUCAGUCCAAAACAGAGACUACCCAGGUAUACCAAAUGCCUACUAGCAUGGUAGAUUUCUGUUCAUGAAUGCUCCUAUUCAGUUGCUUAAAUGCUUACAUCUGUGCCUAUAUUUUCAUAAUCGUACCCCUCGUAGCAUAGCUGAAACCUGCAACAUGCUUCUAUAUGCCAUGAAACCAUAAAAUAAUAGAUUAAAACAAACAAGCAGUGCUCCAGACCAUCUAAAACUGAGACACUAUUUUCUGCAUGUCAGUGGCCUAUUUUGUUCCUGUAAUUUCUAUUUAUCUCCUUAUGGCCUAAUAGCUGACAAGACCUACAAGUAGGAGACCAAUAUAUUACUUCUGUCCCAUAGAUGAGGGUGUUGACAAAGAAUGAAUCUAUUCCCUCCAUCUCCUGGAAGAUGGCUUUUACGCUAGCUGGUGUCUACAGUAAAGAGUGACAGAAUAUCAGAUGUUCUUUGCCAAGAUGGAGACUAGUAGUUUUAUUUGAAGCUAUUUGCAGACAAUUUCUAUCAAGCCAGUACAUUUGGAAUGACAAAUGUCCCAGUCUACCUGACCUUCAAGGCAUUUAGAAGGAUGCAGUAGUAGUUCUUGGAAUGUAGCAUGUAAGCAGUGGGAGAUUAGCAACAUAAGAGCGAGAAGUAAACACCUCUGAAGGGUCUCUGUUGUCUUAAAUGUUAAAGUUAACAGGGUAUUUUACAAGGAUCUGAGCAUAUAAAAGCAGUAAAGGACAGAUGUGUGAAAAAAUACUGGAUAAACUAAAGGAAAGUCUACCUCAUUCUUCUCUAAAGGUUUUGUAGAAGCACAAUUAAACACUCCUAACGGCAUUGUUACAUACAGACCAUCUGGCAUGAAAGAAACACUUUAUAUUUGUAUGUCUAUAAAUCCUGUAAUAACUGUAUUUUGCUGGCAGUAGAAACAGUCUAUACUAUUCGCAGUUUUCCUCAUCAAAUCUGUAAUUAUGCAAUGUUUCCGUCUCCAAUAAAGGAAUUUAAUGGGCA